AUGGACGAAAAUCAAAUCAGAUUGAUGUUGGAAGAAGAAAAUUCUGAUUCUAACUAUGAAGAUGAAAACGAUAAUGAGGUAGAGGAUUUUGUUGAAAUACAAGAAGAUAACUACAAUAGCGAGCAAGAGGAUAAUUCUGAGCAUGAGCAAGAGGAUCAAUCUGCAGAGGAGAGCAAUUCUCAAGUGGAGUCGGAAGAUCAUCAAACAUAUAUAAAUUAUUACCUCAGAAAAGACCGUCACACGAGGUGGAACAAAACUCCCGCGUCAAAUCCAGUAAGAAGACGUGCUAGGAACAUCGUUACUCAACUUCCAGGUACUAAAGGUGGAGCUAAGUAUUUGAAAGAACCCAGUGAGAUAUGGAGGUUAUUUUUCACGGAGGAUGUUAAUGGUCGGAUGGCAAAGUACACUAACGAACAAAUAAAACGAAUUUCAUCUCAAUUUAUAAGAGAAAGAGACUGUACUGAAACAAAUGAGAUAGAACUUGAAGCACUCUUAGGUCUCUUACUCUUUGCUGGCGUUAGAGAAAAUUGUCGACUGAAUGCUAAAGAUUUAUUCAAGACUGAUGGCUUGUUACCAGAGAUAUUUCGAUUGACCAUGUCCUGGAACCGUUUUUGUUUACUGUUACGGUGUCUUAGGUUUGACGACAAAGACACACGAGUUGUACGUGCUUCUGUUGAUAAACUAGCACUCAUCAGAGAGCUUUUUGAAGAAAUUAUAGCUGUAUUUAAAGUUUAUUACAAUACUGUAAUAAAAGACUGUUAG